AUGCACCACCCACAGCAGCAACAACAAUCACAGCAGCAGCAACAGCAGCAACAACAACAACAACAACAACAACACCAGCAGCAACAGCACCAACAGCAACAACAAUUAUUGCUCCAACACCAAUUACAGCACAAGCAGCUCCAACAGCAGCAACAGCAGCAGCAUCACCAGCUUCAGCACCCAUACCAGCAACAGCAGCAGCGCCAGUUUGCAAACUUUGAGACCCCUAGCCCACCUACCCCUUCCCCUUCGCCAGGCAACCACCCCACGGUCCUUAUACCUCACCCAAAGCUUCACCAACUGGACAUGUCUCAAAACUCUCCCAACGGUGACCCGUCCUCGUCGCCAUCCCUGUCUGCCUCCUCUCCAACGAGCACCACCUCCAAGAAGAGGACGAGGGCCUCGGCCGAGCAGCUUGCAAUCCUUGAAGAUACCUUCCUGACCAACCAGUCGCCCAACUCCAAGGUCCGCGAGAUUCUGGCCAAGAAGGUGAAAAUGUCCGAGCGGUCUAUCCAGAUUUGGUUCCAGAACAGGCGAGCCAAGGUCAAGCAGGCUCAAAAGCGGACCGAGCUCGUCCAGCAGGAGGCCAUGAAGGCCCAAUACCUGAGCAAUUGCGCCGCUGCCGGCAUUCCUCCCCAGCCUCUCUAUAACUUCAACGCUUCCUCAGGCGCAGGCGUCAAGCCCUUCCCUAUGGGCGGCCACCUUCACCCAGCAGCCCUUGCCCGCGCUCCUUUAGCCCGUGCCAACAGCUACGAUGCGGCUCGCUCAAGCGCCGUCCAGGCAAGGAUGGCCCAGACUGGUUUGGGUAUCAAUGUUCCUGGCGCCGGAGGACCUGGUCUGUGGAAUGGACAGCCCCCUUUCGGCAUCCAACAACCUGGACAUCCAGGCUUUGCCUUCCGACCCAAUAUUCCUCAAGCCAUGGGUGCCGCUGCUCGCGGAGUAAAACGAUCCUUUGACGGAGCCAAUGGACCUCUCUCAGCAGGUGCUGUUCCCAAGCCACUGCACUUCCCUGGAGCAGUCGGAGCAGAUGGUCUCCCAGAAGGAAUGGCCUCGCCCGAUAUGAUGUUUGGCGCUGGCAUGGUCCCCACCGCCUCACAGAUCCCAACGAUGCCCACCUUCAACUGCGACAACCUGGCCAUCGGAACAUGGAGGAGAAUGUCGACCUCCAACACAGACUUGAGCUGCUUCUACUGCCCCUCCACCAGGAUCAUGACCUGGCAGAUCAUCGACCAUUCUGCCCGCUUCAAGAUGACCUUCCCUUUGAGCAGCAUUUCCCGCAUCGAGUACUACGAGGUUGACCCCAUGUACUCCCAGGUCGACUUUGAUCUGAUCGAGACCCCUCAGUUCUUCAUGGAAACCGUCUCGGAGGAUCAGCAGCGCGACUGGAAAAAGUGCAGUGAUUUCACAGAGGCUAAGCAGGCGACGCUUGUGAUGCGCCAUACCAUCCACGGCCUUUCGUCGGCACUGAAGAUGCAGGUCAUGAGUCUGACCAUCGCUUACCCUCCCCUCCAGGCCAUCACCCAGUACCGGGAAACACACUUCCCCGCCCAGUUCCACGCCUACACUGCCCCGAUCCCCCAGAUCGCUCAGUUUGUGGACCCCACCCAGUACGACCGACGAUUCGCCAACCCCUUGACGGCUGGUUCGUUCUUGAACAUGAGCAACGAUGGACUUGAUUCCGGUGGAGAGGGUUCGGACAUUGGCGAGGAUCUCUACGACAGCGUCAAUGGGUUCGGAACCCACUUCACGUCGACGACGAGCGCAUUGUUGGAUUUGGGCGCCGACGGCAUCCAGCACCCACGACUCAAGUCUAGGAGAACGGCCAGUAUGCCCACCCCAGCGAUCACCAACUUUUUGACCACUGGACUCAACUCGGUCCCAUACCACUCGUCACCCCUGUCCAUGUACUCGACCACCGGUAACGAGUCAGCGGCCAACCCUGGAGGACUCUUGGGCGCCUCAGCCGCGACUGCAGCAGCUGUUGCUGCUGCCGCCACAUCGGCUGCCUCGGAUGCCGCUAGCGCCAGCUCAGAGUCCGGUUCGGCUCCUGCCACGACCGCAGAGGGUACAUCAGCGGCUUCGGCCACUACAUCAGCACCCGCGACUGCAGCUGAGGUCCUUGGAGCCAGUAUGGCUGCGCUGACGACCGGCGUGGUGACUCCUUCGACGUUGACGUCGGCACCCAUCAGCACCACAUUGGCUCCCUCGAUGAUUGCGACGGCGAGCAUUAUGCCCAAGGUGACGAUCACGACGCUGAGCGAUUCCACCGAGAAUGGCGGAUCAGGAACCGAGUCGACGACGGUUGUGCACAGUGAGGAUGAGCAGGAGAAGGGCAGCAAGGAGACAGCAACGACCUUGCAGAACGAUUUCGGAACCGAGGCCAAGGAGAACGAGAACCCCAUGGGCUUGACGUCGCAGUUCAACGAGUUUUUGGCACAGGCCGUUGUGUCAACCACUGCUCAGAUGAACGCGUCGUUUGUGCCAGCGGGAUUCGGAGCUGGGAUGAUGUACGGUGGAGCCGGCCAGAUGCACGCUGGCCAGGGUUUCCAACUGACGUUGUCUGAGGAUGGAUCGGAUGCUGGAUACGAGUUCAAUUCCGGAUACUAUGGCAUGAUGCCCGAGCAGGCCUCGUUCGUCUCCAUGAGUGAUCUGGAAGGCCAGCAGACUGAUGGUGAGGACAGCACCUUUGGUGGCUACUAA